AUGCCGCCACGCCAUGAGCUACGACGUAGUACGACUGGCCUACUUAAUCGGAUACGACGCAACGUGCGCAAAGUACUGUCCCUCCCCAGACGUAAUAAUAUCGAUAACAGUAAUAAUGCCGAUGGCGGUACCACCACGACCAACAGCAGUAAGAAAAAGGCGCGCGACUGGCGCACCUUAUCCCCAGAAUUCCCACCACUGCCGGCAUUGGACUCCUUACCACCAACAACGAUGACAACCACUACGAACGGCGACGUUAAUAGAAGCAAUAAUUCCUUAGGUGCGGGGCACUUGACAUCUUUGACAGACGAGCUUAGCACGGCUACCUUUGCUUUUUCACAUUACCGCCAAACACCUUCUGGCGCAGUUGACGGACGGCAUCUCUACACGAUACCCGAAGAAGGAGAAACAAUGGCGACGCAGAUACGUAAUUCGAACGAACAGUACCCGCCGCCAUCCAGUGUUCGAGUUUCAGACGCUUCCUCUUCUUCUUCACCAUCCUCCUCCUCAAUUUCAUCGAGCGCCUCGACUGUAUAUUACCGGCCUCCCACAGCUUGGUUUACUGAAACGCCCGACGCACCGCAUGACGACGCACUUAUCGGCGACGAAGUCCGAUGUCAACUCAAGCUUGCCCGUAUCGUUAGUGCUGCUUCUAAACAACAAAGACUCGAGCAGAAUGCGCGAACGGAAAUCUUAUUCGAUGAUCAUGAUAACGUACGCUCCAUACGAAUCAUCACGCGGCACGCAUAUGACAAUAACAAAAUCAGUGACGAAUAUUGGCGCUUUAGCGGGAACUCACAAUAUCUUCCUCCCGAGCUUUCAGGUGGAGUCUAUAAUCAAGGCUUAGCAGAUGUGUGGAUCAUGGGGGUCAUCCUGUACAGAAUGCUUGUUGGAAAACAUCCUUUUACUGCUCCCAAUGACCGCAAACUCUUUAGUAAGAUGCUGCAUGGAGAUUUCAGCAUUCCUCAUCAACUGUCGGAUGAUGCAAAAGACUUACUUCGACGCAUGUUAGCUCCGGGUAAUGCGCGUGCAUCGCUCGAUCUCGUAUUGUUUCAUCCCUGGCUCAAACCGUGCUCAUCCAUCAUGCUCGCCAAUAACGACCCUACUUCAUCCUCCUCUGUAAUAGCACCACAGCAAUUAUCAUCAGCAUCAGCAAUUUUAGCAACAGCAGAAGCAGAGGCGGCUAACCCUAGCUGUAGCAAUACCGGUGUCACUGCUACUGAUACUACUUUUCCUGCUAUACAACCGGCUGUUGAUCCAGCACCUAAUGUUACUACUACUGGAUCUAUAAAAUCUCGAGCCUCAACAUCACAUUCAAAAACGCAAGUCCACGUCAAACGGAAAAGCCGACGACGGCGGAUCAGCAAAUCUAUUAUGCGUAUAUUUUACUUUUUGGCAAAGGGGCCAUAUCCGCCCCCAAAACAGCCAUAUCGAGAGCUGGCUCUUCUCGGUCGAGUACAUCCUACACCACCAACAUCAACAACUGUAUAA